GACGCCUUUCUCGUGGCCAUGGCAGCUGGUGUGGCCCAAUCAGCUGCCAGAAUGAGGCUUGAUUGACGCGGGCAUUGCCCUAUCGCUAGUGGAAUUUCAGCGCAAGGGGAUGUUCCAGGCUAGUACCGUGUCCCACCUCUGAAUCUGGGGGCGGGACGGAAGGAGUCAGCCAGCCUAGCCAGGUGGGAGUGGGGCAGACAAGACAACACAUCCUGCAAUCAAAUGUUUCCUACUUCAUCUCCUGACAGUCCAGGUCACUGCAUGGCUGUUGGGCACUGUGUUCUGGGGAGGCAUAGUUUCCUGUGAGCAUCCUGCAUGUGAUGGCAAGGUGGUGUCUGGCCCGGACUGUUACUGUGGUGUCUCUCACUGUAACUCUGUCUGCUGUUGCUGUCAGGUACUCUAGCUGCCGACUCCCCCACCGCCUCCUCCAUCCAUUCAGAGAGCUGGCCUACAGUAGCUCAGUUCCAGUUCAUUGGUUUAAUUUUUACCCUGUCAGCAUGCUGAGCUGUUACAGUCCAAAUGAAAAUGUCCACAACAAAGCCCACACGUCCCCAUAUCCAGGGUCAAAGGUUGAGCGCAGCAAAGUACCUACUGAUAAAGUGAGCUGGCUAGUUGAGUGGGAGGAUUACAAGCCUGUGGAAUACACUGCAGCUUCUGUCUUGGCUGGACCCACGUGGGCAGAUCCACAGAUCAGUGCCAAAAACUUUUCUCCCAAAUUCAAUGAGAAAGAUGGACAAGUGGAGAGGAGGAGUCUGAGUGGCUUGUAUGAGGUUGAAAAUGGGAGGCCCAGAAAUCCGUCUGGCAGGACGGGAUUGGUGGGUCGAGGAUUAUUAGGGCGCUGGGGACCAAACCAUGCUGCAGAUCCUAUAAUAACUAGGUGGAAGAGAGAUAGCAGUGGCAAUAAAAUAACUCACCCAAUCUCUGGCAAGAACAUUUUACAGUUUGUGGCAAUCAAGAGGAAAGACUGUGGGGAAUGGGCCAUCCCAGGGGGUAUGGUAGAUCCAGGAGAGAAGAUUAGUGCCACACUGAAACGAGAAUUUAGUGAGGAGGCCUUAAACUCCUUACAGAAAUCCAGAGCAGAGAAGGAAGAGAUGGAGAAGCAAAUGAACAGACUCUUCAACCAGGAACAUUUUGUGGUGUAUAAGGGAUAUGUUGAUGAUCCUCGUAAUACAGACAAUGCCUGGAUAGAGACAGAAGCUGUGAACUACCAUGACGAACCUGGUGAGACAAUGGAUAACUUGUUUCUGGAAGCAGGAGAUGAUGCUGGGAAAGUGAAAUGGGUUGACAUCAGUGAGAAACUCAAGCUAUAUGCGAAUCAUGGUGACUUCAUCAAACUUGUAGCUGAGAAACGGGGAGCACACUGGAAUGAAGAUCCUGUUCCUGGCCGCCAUAAAUGAUGCUUCUGGAAUCCAAAUAUAAACUGAAAACUGACAUACUCCAUAGACCAUCCCUGAUCGAUUGACUAAUUGAAUAUCUCUAAUAAUGCCAACCCUGAUAAUGCUGCAUUUGGUUUCUGACACUCUCUCAAUGUUGAGUUGCAUUACUGUCAGGGACAGCCUGAUGGCUCUGACAUUGGGGAGCGGAAUUAUAUCAAGAAUAUCUGCUUGCAAGUAACUGAGAUUCAGCUCUAGAAAGGACGUUGAAUGUGGUCUGCUGAUAGGACACACGACUACAUUCAACCAUGAACAUCAUAACUGAGACAUUUUGACCAGCCCAGUACCAUGGUUCCCCGUGUUACGCAGCAUCACUCCUCCACACAUCCAUUGUGAGGAUGCUAUAGCCCGAAUGGUUGAGAAGAUCAGGGCAAACCUGAGCCUGCUAAUAUACACAGACCUCUUUGACCACCCAACAGUAAGUUUGUUGUCAAGGCAUCUGUUGUGGGCCCACUUGUUCUGUCCAUAUUUCUCUGUGAUGUCGAUGUGGUUUGAAGAAUGGUCUGCAGCUGAUGUCAGUAAUCAUUCUCUUAUAACUGACCCGACCAUGUGUGUACCGAGCCUCAAUUUGCCACACUUGCUCAUGUGUCCUUCUGAACCAAUUUCAAAUGGGCCAAGGUAAAUAUGCAGCCCGCCUUCACGUCAGGGGCCAACCAAAGGAUCCAAUGUGCAGCUGUGGCCAAAGACAGACAAUGUCACAUAUCACUGACGACUGCCCUCUGACUAGACCUGAUGGUAGUUUGAGGGGACUGAACUUUGCUGCUGGUGCUGCCGCCAUAAAUUCACUCGGCAAACUCCACUUUUGAUAAGAAGAAUACUUGCAUCCCUCUCCCCCACUGUAGUAGUGUGUUCUGAUGUUUAGCUGUUCUUAUGUAUGAUGUUCUUCCAGUGUUUAGCUUGAGUUGUCCUUGCUUUAGCUUAAGUCUACCUUAGUUCUGUCCACUUACUCUAGUAAUAGUCUGCAACACAUGAAGAGUUGGUAGGUCUCCUCCCACUCUGCCUCUUUAUAUUUGAUAAGUCGAGCUCUUUACCUUUCCUUACAGACCUUGCUUUACACUGUCUUCAAAUUCUAAAAUAAUGUGACACCCAAAAGUGAAUUCAGCAUUUUAUGGCUGUUGUGUUGAAUAGUUAGAAUAACUUUUUUUGCUUAUUUUAGAGGAGGUGCACCUCUUUAAUAUAGCGCUUGUCUUUUCUGUGACUGUCUGCUACAUAACUGCAAAUAAGCUCUUCAAAAUCAAACAAUGCUGAAACUUCAAACUGUAUCAAAGUGUAGCUGCUGUCCAUGCCAGCACAAUGUUUAUUAUCAGAGUUGUUGACUGUGUUUGGUGGUUGAGGCUUUUGUGUGGAUUUCUUGCCCCCCUCCUUUCCACCCCCCCAACAGAUUGUAUGGGCAGGAGGAUAUUGUCAAUAUGAAUAGAAAAUUCCAUUGCUUACUAUAUUCUCGUGCAGUUCAUUACUGUCUCAACUUCACUGAUAAUAUCUGAGGAUGAUACGGCAAACAUGUUCACCUCAAGAGGUCAAUUGAGGCAAGUCAGAUAAUGAUUUAAGGCUCAUUUUUUCAAUGCUCUCCUGUCAGGAGUCAGGGCCUGGAGCAGAGCCAGUCUCUGGACAACCUAAUGAUCACAGCCUGUCAUAGGCUGCCUGAUUGGCUACACUGCCUCCUUAGUGGGAAGAGUCUGGUCAAAGCAUUUGCACUUGGCUGCAAUAGCUCCUGUGUCUGCUUGUUCCUAGCCUUGCUCCUACUUUGUUGCCCUGGACCCAGUCUUGCUAUGAUAUUGUUGGCUCCUUCCCAGGAAAAUGGGUACGUAUUAUUAAAGGCAAUUGAGUUUCUCCAAAUCCAUGAUAGACUGGAACACCUACAAGCUUUUACCAUCACCUGCUAUGUGUGUGUCUGUCAAAGACUCUUCACCUUUAACUUCAUACAAACAGUUUAAGCUGCUAUUUCUUAAGAUUCCCAAUGUCUCUUAAUAUGACUGGUCUUUUGAAAGCCAUUUGCUUAAUGGUCACUCUUUCUUAAAACAAAAUCCUGCCAAUUGCGAAGUGUGGUUGUCCAGUCUUCACUGUGCUACAAAAACAUGGAAGGGAUGAGUAGUUAUGUGUUGUAAAAAGCUUAAGGAGCUGAUAGUAUAAUUCAGUGUUCAUUAGGAGUUACUCUCAUCUCUCAAUUAUCAUUGGUUGUAAGGGACUGGGAGCCAGAGGAAAGCACAUAUAUAGUAUUUAGGAAUGCAGUUAAUUUGUGACACUUGUGGAGGUUUGUGAAGUUUGCCUACCUGUUCACUCCAGUCUGCAAAAUGACUAAUUGAAUAGUUGCAGUCUAAAAUAUGAGAAGAAAUAAUGUAUAUCCCUUACAAACUGUAUUGUUUACAGAUUUUUAAGCACUGCUCUGUUUUUGUUUGUUUGUUUUUUAUAACCUUAGUUGCUUCUGCCAUUACACAGGAUUAAUAUUUUGGAAUAGGGUCCCAUUAACUUUGAUACCAUCACAACUAAGAAUGGACCUUCAUGUUGAUCAACUGAUUUGAAAGACAAUACAGUACUUUACACUGUAUCUUUUUACCAGUCCCAAGAUAGAGGAUGUGGACUGUCUCUCUCUUUUUAAAUCAUUAUUAUUGGUGAUGAAGAGGAAAUAGUGGUACAUUUGUUGCAAGAGCAGGAAAUGAGAAAAAGGCUCUUAUGGAAAGUAGCUUAUGGGAAAGUGUAAAACUAAUUUAGCCAAAUUGUGUCAUGUUGUGGCUAUAUUAAAAAAGAAAGGACUUAAAACUGAAAACCCAAUUACAUGACAUCUAUAUGUUUGUUGGAUAAACUGCAAUUGGAAAUUGUUAUGCAACUGUGCAUAUGUUUGACUGUUAAGACUCAAAAGAAAUAUUUGUUACUGAAUAUUGUAAAAGUUUAGAUCUGUAUAUUGAAGAAGUAUUAAUUCUUGUUCUGGUCCAUGAAAGCUGUUUUUAUUAAAAUUUCAUAGUCACAUUGUCAUUGAAUUUAUGUUUAAUCAAGCAUCACUGAGUUAAAAUCAGAUUAAAUAUGUGGCUUUUUCAUUCUGUAUUGUGUAUGAAAGAUUUAAAUUUCCAGGAGGGGGAAGGGACAGAGGAAAGACUAAUACUAGGGGUUUUGUGUACAAACAAUUUUCUGGUUUGUUUUUAUGGAUAGUCUCCUCAUGUAUCAUUUAAAUGUCAUUACAAAAACAGAACUACUAAUUUGUUUCAAUAUAUAGGCAAAAAGCUAGUACUUUCAUUUUUCCGUAUUUGAGAGUAGUUGCCUGUAGUUAGAGAUUUAUUUUAAAGUGUCUCCUCCCACUUGCUCUCCCACCCUCCAAUUCACUUGCAUAAAGUUGGUCUAACUGUAGAAGUUGUGUGCCUAUAGUUAAGUAAGCCUGCAAUUUUAUUAGAAACCUCUGUUUUCAGGAUGUUGCAAAUCCUGUACUAUAAUAUUCAAAUACUUUUGUUUUGUGUUCAGGUUAAACUCUCUGAUUGGGCCACUUGCAUGCAGGGAGAAGAUCUGGGGAAUAAGAAGGAAGUACUCUUUCUGCUGAAGUUUUUCUGUGGUUACCACAUGGUUUUUGGACUCUACGGGUCAGGAGGAGCCAGCAUAUGUGACUGAGAGUGUGGCUACUGUCCAGUGCUUUAUCCCACUAGAAUUAUCUGAGACUGACAGCAUUAUUUAAGCAUGUGGUACAUCUUAUGAUGUUAUUUCCUUGUACAAUCUUCUCCCUCCUUGGUAUGUACAUCCUUCAAAGAUUGGUAUCCUGUGUCACUUCACAUUCUUUGUUUCCUUGUUUAUCUCCACACUCCCUAUAAUUAGCUCUUUGAGUAUUUCGUCAUAAUCUAGUUCUUUAUUAUCAUCUGAACUUUACUACCAGUACAGUAGGGAACAAUUCUGUAUGGGUAGGGAAAUGGUUUGGAUGUCGUAAAAGGUCUUUUCCAUCUCCAGCUUCUGUGGAUUGUGUCCUAUUGCCACCUUUCUGAUUGUUUGGUGCCCAGUACUGAAUGCAGUGUCCUUAUUUAAUUUCAUUUCCUCUGGAAAGUAGUCAUGCCACAUUUAUGUUAAUAGAAAAUCAAGGACAAUCAGGAAGUGAAAAUGUUUUGAUUUAAAAAACAAAAAUGAGGAAGGCACAAAUUGUGGCUGUCAUUUAAGCUUUCAGAUAAAAAUUGCUUAUAAAUAGA